GCCGGAAAUGCCCUAUGCUCUAUCGAAGAGUUCACCUCCCAGAAGUUCGAUUAUGUAAUUAUAGGAGGAGGAACUGCGGGAUGUUGCAUCGCAGCACGACUCACCGAAGACCCCAACAUCAAGGUCGGGGUUCUCGAAGCCGGUGCAAAUCUCAUGAACGACAAGAAUGUUUCCACACCCUCGCUCUACCCGACUUUGAUUGGAAGAAAAGAGUACGAUUGGUGCAUGUCAUCCAUUCCUCAACCAAAUGCUGGAGGAAAAGUCUAUUCCAUGCCAAGAGGGAAAGGGUUGGGAGGUUCGAGUGCAAUCAAUUAUUUGAUGUACGUGAGGGGUAGCAAGAAGGACUAUGAUGGAUGGGCUGAGAUUACGGGGGAUGAGAGUUGGGGCUGGGACGGAAUGGCGAAAUAUUUCAAGAAACAUCAGACGCUGGAUCAUACGAAUUUGAAGAGCAAGGAUCCACAUUUUCAUCCGCAUGCUGAGUUGGAGAAGUACCAUGGUACAGACGGUCCUAUUCACACCAGUUUUAAUGAUUGGUACAUGCCUCUCGAAGAAGACUUCGCCGAAGCUGCCUACGCUGUCACUGGCACAAAGAAGACAGUCAAAGAUGCCUGGAGCGGCGAUCACCUCGGCUUCUACUCCAGUCUCGGAGCUGUAAAUCGCAGCGAUGACAAAGGCCGACGCUCUUACGCCGCCACUGGAUACAUCAGACCCAAUAUUUGCCGCCCAAACCUCAAAAUCCUCACGGGCGCCCAUGUCACACAGAUCUUGCUCGACAAUAAAACGGCUACAGGCGUCGAAUUUGUUCAUCAAAGAAGAACUUACAAAGUUCCCGGUUCUCGCGAAGUAAUUCUCACCGCAGGUGUAAUCCAGACUCCUCAAAUCCUCGAGCUCUCCGGAAUUGGUGAUCCAGCCGUACUAGAAAAAGCUGGUAUUCAAUGCAAAGUCUCGAAUUCAGCCAUUGGAGCCAACUUCCAAGAUCACGUCUUGGGUGGACUUCUAUAUGAUUUGAAGCCAGGAGUGGAAUCUAUGGAUGCACUCCGUCUUGAAGAAUUCCAGAAAGCGCAACAAGAUGCUUACGACAAAGAGCAAACAGGCGUCUAUGCUAGCCCUGGUAUGAUGAUGGGUUUCGUAUCUUAUGCUUCUGUGGCCACACCUGAAGAGGUCAAGAGCACAGUUGCUUCGAUCCAGAAGAACUCUCUCGCUAAGACGAAGUUUGAGAAGGCGCAAGAAAAGAUUAUUGUUGAUCAGCUUACUGAUCCUACUUUUGCGAACUUACAAACUUUUUGUAUCCCGUGUCGAUUAGAUGUUGCAAAAGGCAGUGAUCAGACGUUGUUUUUCGGAGCCCCACCAACUGGAAAGCAGCAGUUGAGUUUGCUGAUGUGUCUUGAGCAUCCGCUUUCGAGGGGAACAGUGCACAUUGAGAGCUCCGAUCCGAUGGCACCGCCGAGGAUCGAUCCGGGAUAUUUUAGGAAUGAGGUUGAUGCAAAGAUUCUUGCUGCUGGUAUGAAAUGGAUGGACAAAGUCGCAAAACAUCCCCUCCUCGCCAAAUCCCUCGCAGACCGUGAACUGCCUCCUCAAGACUCGGAACUCGACACCGAAGCCAAGAGAAUCGAAUACGUCAAGAAUCAUAUUAGUACUCAAUACCAUUUGAUUGGCACGGCCGCCUUAGGUGAGGCGGUGGAUAUGAAAUUGAGAGUCAAGGGCGUGGAGAGGUUGAGGGUUUGUGACGCAUCGAUAUUUCCUGGACACGUCUCAGGGAAUAUCAUGUCGACUACCUAUGCAGUGGCUGAGAAGGCUGCGGAUUUGAUUAAGGCUGAUAUUUAUUGAGGGGCAAGUGGUUUGAACGGUGUGGAAGAGACGUUGUUUGGAAGCCUUUUGAGGUGGUAAUAUUUGGG